GAAUACUCUGCGAAGGACUCGGAGUCUGGGCAAAUUUUGGUCCAUGUUCAGCCUGGAGGAAAUUUCUGAACCCUGAAAUCAAGAAGGAUUGAACACCAUUUGCAAGGCGCUUCCAAGCAGCAGCAAGGAGAGCGGCAGGCGCCGUCGUAAUACGUUGCGUGCAAAGAGCUUCGUAUUGCCUUUGUGCAGGGGAAUAUCAGGCUGGUUCAAGAUGGGGCUGACUUUCACGAAACUGUUCGCCCGGCUCUUCUCCAAGAAGGAGAUGCGCAUUCUCAUGGUCGGUUUGGAUGCCGCAGGAAAGACCACAAUCCUGUAUAAGCUGAAGCUUGGAGAGAUUGUGACGACCAUCCCAACCAUUGGUUUCAACGUGGAGACUGUCGAAUACAAGAACAUCUCAUUCACUGUGUGGGACGUGGGGGGUCAGGACAAGAUCCGGCCUCUGUGGAGACAUUACUUCCAGAACACCCAGGGACUGAUCUUUGUGGUGGACAGCAACGAUAGGGACCGUAUCGUGGAGGCUAGAGAUGAAUUGCACCGGAUGCUGAAUGAGGAUGAGCUUCGCGACGCGGUUCUCCUAGUGUUUGCAAAUAAGCAGGAUCUGCCAAAUGCAAUGAACGCCGCUGAGAUCACCGACAAGCUUGGAUUGCACUCUCUGCGCCAGCGCCAUUGGUACAUCCAAAGUACGUGCGCCACGUCAGGAGAGGGUCUGUAUGAGGGUCUGGACUGGCUGUCGAGCAACAUCGCAAACAAGCCUUGAUCAAUAACGUUUGAGAGAGAGGGCGGAGGGGGUAAGGAUGGGCAGCCUUCUUGCAGCAGCGGGACCGGGUUAUGCUCCUAGGACUCGUCCAGGCUAGGGGGCUGUCUUUGUGGUUGAUGCAGAUAUUCUUUUGCUAGCAUACAAGUCCCUUCUUUGAUAGGGUUUGAAUUGUGCGAUGACGAGGCUUGUACUAUCGGACUUCAGGAUGGAAGGUUGAACCAUGUAGCAUGAUGUUGACCUUAUGCAUUGCCCUGUGUUCUUCUGCUCCUGCAUCUGGUGUUCUUUUGCAAUCCCCAGGAUAUCUUCUUUGACUCUUGAAGCAAUUGCAAAUUUCCUGGCUUUUUCUGGGUCCUGAGAGUUGUCAUGGGCAGAGUGUCAACAGGCCGCUAUAUAUUCAUUUUGCCAAAGCAAAGGUACCUAGUGUGUAUCUCAUGUACGUUGGAAGUUUGAUGUGUGUAC